UCGUGUCGUCGGCCAUAGCACAACCUCGCGGGAAGCCAAGCCAGCGCGACAACCAAACGACGCAACCGGGCGGCGAAAAAGAUAGCGAAAACCCAGCGGAAGAGGGCGAAGAAAAAAAAGAAGUAAAAAGUGAGUUCCCGAUCCUUCCCCCCAACGAGCGCCGGCGAUCGCCGCCGCCGCGGAUGCGAUGCGCCCCCCCUCCUCCUGCUGCCGCGGCGGCACCGUGGGGCGCGCAGGGUGAGGGAUCCCCGCACCACGUCGGCGCCGCCUCGUUCGACCCCCACGCCGACGCCGCUGGGCGCAGCGGAUUCGCGGCCAUGUGGCUGUUCUGGCGGACCAGGAACCGCUUCUCCAUCGAAGAGCUCCGGUAUCUAACAGAGCAGCUACAAAAGGUUCAUGUCAUUUAUGAAGCUAAUAAGGAUUUUGUGGUUGAAGCGUUGAGAUCAAUUGCGGAACUGAUGAUAUACGGCGACCAGCACGAUGCAUCAUUUUUCGAAUUCUUCAUGGAGCAGGAGAUCAUGGGUGAAUUUGCUCGUAUUCUGAGAAUUUCUAAGCUAUCCAGAGUGUCACUACAGCUGCUGCAGACGAUGAGUAUCAUGAUCCAAAAUUUAAGAAAUGAACAUUCAGUUUACUAUAUUUUCAGCAAUGAACAUAUCAACUUCUUGAUAACUUACUCAUAUGAUUUUCAAAUAGAGGAGAUGCUAUCAUACUACAUAUCCUUUCUACGGGCAAUAAGUGGAAAGUUGAACAAGAACACAAUUUCCUUGCUUGUGACGACAAAAAAUGAUGAGGUCAUUUCCUUUCCUUUAUAUGUCGAGGCUUUAAAGUUUGCUUUUCAUGAGGAUAGCAUGAUACGAGUUGCUAUACGUACCUUGACACUUAAUGUCUACCAUGUUGGAGAUGAAUCUGUUAACAGAUUUGUUUCGCGUGUGCCACUAUCAGAUUAUUUCUCUGACAUGGUCAAGCAUUUUCAAAAGCAAUGCAUUGACCUGGAUAAGUUGGUUGUGCGUUCUUCACGGAAUGCAAGCUCCUCUGUGGCAAUGGCCUCCAUUGAAGAUGCAAUUGUGCAAAUUGAAGAUGCACUGUAUUAUUUCAGUGACGUUAUGUCUUCUGGUAUUCCUGAUCUAGGAGAUUUCAUCACUGAAAAUAUCCUGCAACUUUUGGUAUUUCGGAUCGUACUCCCAUCAUUGCAAAGGCAGAGCACUGAAUUAUUGAUAAGUGUCAGUACUUCAAUGUAUCUGCUCUGCUGCAUACUUCACAUUUUUAAAGACAAGGAUAUGGCAAGCACUGUUGCUGCUGCUCUUUUCCAUCAGCCUGAUUGCCCUGAUAGGAAGCAAGGGGCACCUAAUGGUUGUAUCUCUGGGCACGGUCAUGGCAUCUCUGACAACCAGGUCAGUAGUACAUCUGCAGCGGAUCAGACACACGAAGACAAGUUGACACCUUUGUCUUCUGCAAAUUUGCAAUACUUGCCUGAUCAUCCAUCACCAAGUGAUUUCUGCCAAGGCAACACUCUGAGGGAACACUUGCUAUCAUAUAUCACAGGUGGGGAUAACUUCCAAGCUUUGGGUUCUUUGUGCUUAUUUGCUACAUUGUUGCAGACAAAAGAACUUGAUGAAUCAAUGCUAGAUGCACUUGGAAUUUUGCCUCAAAGAAAGCAGCAUAAGAAGCUUCUAUUACAAGCUUUGGUUGGUGAAGAUAUAGCUGAAAGGCAGUUAUUUGCAUCCAGUAGCGGUCUUGCAGAUGACAGCAUCUGCAGUGAUUUUGAUAUUUAUAUAAGAAAGCUUCAGAACAAAUAUGGGCUACAGUGUUUUCAUCCACGACAAAUGACUUCCAAAGUUCAUAGAUAUCAGGUGCUCGAUGCAUUGGUUGCCCUUUUCUGCAGGUCUAAUAUAAAUGCAGAUGUUCGCUUAGUUGGUGGCUGGCUUUUUAGACAACUGCUGCCUCAUGGGGAGGAAGAGUUUACUACGUUUCAUUUAAAACGGCUAAAGGCUUCACACAAGGAUUGCAGUGCAAAGCUUUUGGAAGAAUCUGGAGGAUGCUGGUGUGAUUUGCUUCUUCCUAUCGUUAGAGAAGCUUGGAAGAAUUGCAAGAAAGCAAUUGAGGCAUCUUCACCACCAAAAGGAUCCAAGUCUAUUAUUUCACCCUUGGAUCCUUGCUCACUCGGAGGUGAUUCUUCUGUUGCUAUCGCGGAGAGAAUCUAUGAGAUGGUUAAGGGUUUUGUGCUACAGCAUCAAGUUAUACUCUUCUGUCUUGGAGAAACUCUCACUGAUCAGCCACCCACUUACUCUCCAGUGGAUCUGCCUGUAAAUAAGCGAGCAAAUGCAGCAGGUCUCGAUGGUUCAGUGCCCAAGCCUGGACUUGAAGUCAACUUAGUUAAUGCGGUUCCUUGUCGGAUAGCGUUCGAGAGGGGCAAAGAACGCCACUUCUGCUUUUUAGCUCUAUCUAAUGGAUCCUCUGGGUGGAUUCUUCUUUUAGAAGAAUUACCUCUCAAACAAAAUGGAAUUGUUCGCGUCACUGCUCCCUUGGCUGGAUCUGAUCCAAGAACAGACGAAAAACAUCCGAAGUGGCUGCAUUUACGAAUUCGUCCUUCAACCGUUCCUUUUUUGGAUCCAGAAAAAUUUAAAGGGAAGGCAAAGAAGUAUCUUGUUGAUGGGAGGUGGACCCUUGCUUUUAGAGAUGAACAAGCUUGCAUGGCAGCAGAGGCUAUGGUUAUGGAAGAGAUGAAACUCCAGCAAGAAGCUGUUGCGAAACAGCUCAAGCCAUUGGUUGAACUUGACAUGCCCGAGGAUGGAUUGCAGCAUCCUCAGCCUUCCCAACAAACCCUUUCUGAUGACAGCCCAUGUCUGAAUUAAAAGUUUCAUCACAUAUACUGUUGAAUUAAGAAAUGGUGGCAUCAGAUCUAGUUUCCUCGGGCUUAGUAAGUCGCCAUGCCCUGUAUAUUACAUCGGCAGACUAGAGAGAUCUUGUUAACACACUGUAGAGUUUCAACCCUUUUGAUGUGAGUUAGCUCCAUAGGAUUCUUUGUACAAUAGUAUGAACCUGUCCCUUGUAAUUUUAUACAUAUCACAAACCAUUCUUUCAUAGGCUUAAGGGCAAAGUUGGGCUUUCGAUGUAAACUUAUUGUUCCAAGUAGCCUUCCAACAAUACUGUUGUUAAAACAAGCAAUAAUAUUGGAGCCUUUUCAUGAUUUUCUA